CUUUCAUACCAUGUCACAUGGCCAUGUAGACUACAUGUGCUUUCAUUGAAGUCUAAUAGUAGCUAGCCAAUGAUCAUCUCUGUGCGACGUGUCCUGCUACCACUGUCUCAGCUCAGCUACAGGCACUUUACACGGUCUCUCAAUACAGCCUCUGCUCUCAAAAUGCCCAUUAAAGUAGGUGAUGAGCUGCCUUCAGUCGAGUGUCACGAAGAUUCUCCUGCCAACAAGGUCAACAUGAGGGAGCUCUUUGCAGGCAAGAGAGGAGUCUUGUUCGCUGUGCCAGGAGCGUUCACUCCUGGAUGUUCUAAGAAACAUCUGCCGGGUUAUGUUGAGAAUGCUGACGAGAUUAAAGCCAAGGGAGUGGAUGUUAUUGCUUGCGUCUCAGUGAAUGAUGCGUUUGUGAUGGCAGCCUGGGGCGAGAGCGGUGGAGCCACUGGUAAGAUCAGGAUGCUGGCUGACACUAAUGCAGAGUUCACUAAAGCAAUUGACCUCACACUGGAUUCUGCUGCUCUCGGUGGAAUCAGAUCAAUGAGGUAUUCAAUGAUAAUUGAUGAUGGGAGAGUGACUGCUCUGAAUGUGGAGCCCAAUGGCACUGGCCUCACUUGCAGUCUCUCUAACUCUGUCCUUAGCCAGUUGUAAUAAUUUACCAGAAUUAAAAUUGAAAUUGUUAUUUUGUCCAACUACGGAUGUGAUAAUUGAAUAAUUUA